CAGUGGACUACGAAGAAACCCUUUUAAAAGGCAAGUCCCCAAUAAAAAUUUCCCCUCUCCACCCUAGCCGCCGAUCCGAGCUUUUGCCCUCCUGGUUUUCAUUUGCUCGUCUCCCUUCCAAAAAUGGCUGAAGCGGUCGAAGUGGUUCAGGAACUUAUCCAACCUCACCAUGACGUGAAACUUUUCAAUCGCUGGACCUUUGAUGAUGUCCAGGUUAAUGACAUGUCUCUGGGGGAUUACAUUGGAGUUGCACCUUCCAAGCAUGCAACCUAUGUUCCACACACUGCUGGCCGAUACUCUAUGAAGCGUUUCAGGAAAGCUCAAUGCCCAAUUGUUGAGAGACUUACUAACUCACUUAUGAUGCACGGCAGAAACAAUGGGAAGAAACUAAUGGCUGUGAGGAUUAUUAAGCACACCAUGGAGAUUAUCCAUCUGCUAACUGAUCUAAAUCCAAUUCAAGUUAUUGUCGAUGCUGUUGUUAACAGUGGACCCCGAGAAGAUGCCACGCGAAUUGGUUCAGCUGGUGUUGUUAGGCGUCAAGCUGUGGAUAUAUCCCCUCUGCGACGUGUAAAUCAAGCAAUAUACCUUCUUACAACUGGUGCUCGUGAGGCUGCUUUCAGAAACAUCAAGACAAUCGCAGAAUGUUUGGCUGAUGAACUCAUCAACGCCGCAAAGGGCUCAUCAAACAGUUACGCUAUUAAGAAAAAGGAUGAGAUUGAGAGAGUUGCCAAGGCCAAUCGUUAAGAAGGGCAGUUGGGGAAAAGAGAGAGCUCAAAGGUUCGACAAGAGCUUCGUUUUUGUUCUUUGCCAAUGCUCAUCUGACAUUCUUCUAGUUCUAAGUUUCUGUAGACAUGGUUGACUUCAACGUUUUGUUUCUUUUGAAUUCAUCCAAUACUUUAUUAAGCUUUAAGGUGUCCUCGUAUGGCUGCAUGUGUUUUAGACCAUGAUUUUGUAAACAGUUGAGAAUUUAUCAGAAUAUUUUUAAGAAUUUAAUGUUUUAUUUGAUGGAUGGUUUUUAUAAG